GCGGACUCGGGCGCGCGCCGCGCGGCAGUGCCUUACGAGGCGCGACCGCGAGCACACGCGAGCACGCGCGCGCCGCACGCCCGGCAUGCUCCCCGCGCACGCGACAGUGCUCUCUGUGUGUCUCGCCAGGACUCGCCAGCCUCUGUGACCACACGCCGCCCUGCACCAUGGCCUGCGCCAGGGGGAUCUGCACCGCUGACAAGAUAUUCAUCUUCAUCAACAUCGCCUUCGCGAUGUACAGCGGGGCGCUGCUGGCGACGGCGGCGCGGUUGGCGUGGGACCCCAGCACGUACACGUGGUUCCGGUUCCUGUGCGGCGCGCAGUACCGCGUGUCGUGCGCGUACGUGUUCGCGGCGGGGCUGUGGCUGGCGGCGCUGGUGUACCUGGGCGUGGCGGCGCAGCGCAGCGCGCGCGCCUGCCUGCACGUGUACGCGGCGGGCGUGGCGUGCCUGGCGCUCAGCGAGGUGGGCUACGGCGCGUGGAUGUGCGCGUCGCUGGCGGCGUGGUGGCGCUCGGCGCCGCAGGCCGAGCUGGCGCGCCGCGGCAUGGACCUGCUGCACGACCUCAAGCCGGCCCUGCUCGCCGUCGAGCGCUACCGCGACGUCGCGCGUCCGCUCUACGACAUGAUCGAGGAGGUGGAGCGCGAGGCGCCCAACAACGUGUUCGUGAUCGUGGUGUUCGGCGUGCUGGCCAUGCUGCUGCAGAUAGCGGCAUUUGUAAUGGCGCGGCGGCUGGCGCGGCGAGCGGGCGCCGGCGCCCUGGCAGCGCCCGCCGAGAAGGACAGCGGCGUGUGCGCCGUGGCCGCCGCCGACGACGACAGCGACUGCAACGACGCCGAGCGCCCGCCUCCGGGCUGGCGCAAGAAGGCCAACCUCCGCAUGUACACCAUACUCGAUAAGAUUUUCUAGCAGGACGAGACCGGCGUUGGCGGCUUGUCGCCGACGGCGGCGGCACGGGGCGGCGACACGCCGCGCUGCUCAUCCUGCACACUGACCUGUAGCCGACAGCGUGGGAGGACUGCAGCGGGAGCCCUGCCCUGCUGCCGCCUACUGCCCCCGCCUGCCGAUGAGGGUGUCCUGUUGACCAUAUCAACAUAAUUAUGGAAUUAAUCAAGAAUAAUGUGAUUAUCUUGUAGAGUCGAUAAGACGAGCCUUCCACUUGUAAAGGUCUGCCCAUAUCUUAUAGUUUUCUAAUUGUUUUCUAUAAAACUGAUUAACGAAUACAGACUGCCAUAUUACGUAGUACGUAGGUAGUGUCUAGUAAAGUGUAAUGUUAAGAUAUAAGUAAUGUACGAGUGAGAGCUAUAAUUGCAAUGCAGUUCUCGUCAAAGCCGAAGUUGGCUGCUAGCGAGAGUGCGAGGCGUCCGCGUCGCAUGGCUAACUUUACGUUUGACGAGAAGUGCGCGCGCCGGAUCAGACGCGAGCUGCGAGCUCCACCUUGUUAUUGUUCCACGUAUUCCUAUAUAUUUGUACGUAGUUAUUAUACAUUUAAACGAGACGGUGCGUAGUUAUAUACUAUGAUGUAAUGUUAAAUUUUAUAAAAGUUCUAGUAAUUUGAGUAGUAACUUCUUGCCUUGUAGUGAACUUAUCGAGAGACGUGGUGCUACCGACGCUAAUAUUACAUGUUCAAUGUUUAUUGUUCCGUACAACGUUAGACUGAGGAGACUAUGUCUUUCCUAUAAUGUUCGAUGAAUAUUGUUGUAUGUGGCGAGUAGCCGGCGACCACUGCUACUGCUGCGAGUCGCUGCCUUGCUGACACUAUUGUUGUAACACCUUCAAAUCUCAUUCGAUCUGUUGUUUUAUGUUCAAUUGUUGUGAUAUUGUUUUUCUGUGAUUUGAGAUAAACUAUACAAGAGUAAAACAAAUGAAGUUUGUGUCCGAGUAUACGGGGUGCCAAAAUAGCGUAAGAUAGUUAGUACGACUCGUUCACUGUUGCAGACAAUAUUCAUGUACCUCUAGUUGAAGCUCACUCCGUAACUAGACAAUAAGCAGCGAUACGCACACCGCGUCCCCAGGGCCGCGGCAUGCGAGCCGCGGGCCCCACAGCCUCGGGGCCCACCGUCGCGGGGCCCACCGGCGGCGGCUGGUUGCGCCGGGGCUCGGCGGCAUGGGGUUCUUGUUCCAUCAUUAUUAACUAUUAAAGCAAUAAAGUGAUAUUUUUGUA